CACCGUCUCCGGAUCCUCCGUUGCUCACGGCUACCUUGGAUCCGUCGUGAAUGUCGAACUGCUGAGGGGAUCUCGGGUUCUCUCGCGAGGUGACACCAAAAAGCACUAAACGGUCGCUGGCCACGGAAACAGGGACGACACGGACUCGUCGUCGCCGCCUCGAGAUGGAGAUCGAGACGAAACAACGGAAUCAGAGGAAUCGGAGACGUGAACGUGCCCAGCGUAUGUUGGCGCAGAGGGAGAGCCUGGCCACCGCGAAGCAGCAGCAACACCACCAGCAACAGCAACAACAGCAACAACAGACCAGGCAACGGGUAAACGACGAGGAGGACAGCCACAGCGGCGAGGACGAGGAACCCGCUGCCGGUCUUGGCCUCGGACUCGCCAGGACCGGUCAUCCGCGUGACAGCCAUCCCCGACCGCCCAGGCCACCGCGACCCCUCAGGCCUCGUAAGAAGUCUUCCCUCGCGGCUGCCAACCAGAAGGAGCCUCCCUUCGAGGAGGACAUUAUCGACGGCUUUGCCAUACUCGCCUUCCGCACCUACGAGGAGCUCGAGAGUGCAAUAAAGCUAGCUGGUAAAAAUAAUGUCAAGAAACUACACACGUUACUGUCAAUAGUGGAAGAGAAGCCAAAGGUGGAUACAGGACAAAAUAAUAGACACAACGAGCACCACAUCAAAAACCACUUUAAGCACAACCAUUAUACGCAUAAUUCCAUACUGACACCGUCAACACUUAACCAGGGCCUAGAUGCAGGUACAAGUGACGAUAGUGGUAGAGCAUCUGAACAACUGCAUGGCCCUGGUAUACCUAGGGAUUGCCAGGACGCAGACAGUUCCAGGGACCACCUCAGCGAUGCUAGCAGUCAUUGCAGUUCGGGUAAAGGUUAUAUCUGUGAUAGUGAAGGGGAAGACGAUAAGGGCUCGGAUGCUGAAUCGAUACUCUUUGAAUCUUCUACCCCACCACCCCUUGCACGUAAAUACGAGUUGCCAUCAUCUUCACCACACGUAUUGCCUCCAACAAACGGGGCAGGAGGUUCUCCUCCAGACACUGGUGGACAAAUUUCCAAUCCAGCUACGGAUGCUCCAGCACCUAUACCACCACCUGUGCUUGCAUCUGCACCAGUACCAACGGCGCCAAGUCCUCCCAGUCCUACUCUACCCCCUCACAUAUCCCAGCCACCUAUGACUAGUCCAUUGGCAGCAAACCCACGUGCAAUAGCUCCGCAACAGCGACCAGCUUCCCCUGCUCUGCCGCCUCCAUCUUUGUCCCAACAGCCUCAUACUACGAUACCUGCGGUACACACACCUAAUGUACCACUCGUCUCGUCGAGUCAUACAACUAGUCCCGCGGUAGCCAGUUUAGGUGUCACGCCGGCAGCACCAUCAAACGGAGCAACUACCACCAGCUAUCCACCGUCAAUAUCCAUGGCUGCUUAUCCUCAAACCCAACCGUCUUACCCACCUCUGUAUACACCGUACACUGCUCUGAACCACAGUCCAUACCUUCCACCCGCGGUACCGUCUCCCUCCCAUUCUGCAUCAUCACGGGCAGAAGUGAGAGGAAGUAGAGCUUCCCCGUGUACUAAUAUAAGUAAACAGUCUGUAGGGAAUAAUACCACAAAUCAUAAUACUCCAUUAAGCGCUGCUACCACGACAUGCGUGUCCACGAUAACCAAUACAGUAACGACAGCGAACACCAUUGCUCACAGAGACAUGGUAGCCUGUAGUUUAUCUGGAAGAAACAAUAACUCGCCUCGUGGACACAGCCCAAGUCGGGAAAGGGAUAGUUAUAGCAGUAACGUGAGUAGCCUCAGUCGAGGUAGCAUAACACCAGUAAGUGUGCCAAACACAUCUUCUCCAGCCAAUUCUAGUCUACCUGCGUAUUCCAAGCCACAAGGAUGGAUUGGUAGCAGCACUACUUCACAAUUGUCUCCGGCAACAGCAACAUCAGUUCCAAGGCCAACUCCUCCACCAGUACCAUUAGGCAUGCACACAUUUCCGCCGCCAAUGUUUGCAGCACCACUACCACCUCCCGUGUCCAGUUCCAGUCCACACACGUCGCUGCCUUCACUACCACCUCCAACGACCAAUCCCAACCCGUUCUCCGCAGAGUCGCUUUUUCAAACAAGGGUGACACAUGUCGCAGGUCAGGCAGACCUGUUGAGGCGAGAGCUUGACAAUAGAUUCUUGGCAUCCCAAGACAGAAACGUCGGAGUUGGCAACCUAGGACCGCCACCGUAUCUUAGGACAGAGAUGCACCACCAUCAACAUCAACACACACACGUGCAUCAACACACGACGCCUCUACUUCCACCGUCGGCUGCUUCAACCCUGUUUCCACCACCUAUUUUCAAGGACAUCCCCAAAUUAGGGGGAGUUGAAUCACCGUUUUUUCGUGGCAACUUGAAUCUCUCUGGCUACUCCGGUUUCAACGCUGGUCUCUUACAUCCAGGAAUUGGACCUCCUUCGACUCCUUUCGUACCACCUAAUCAUUUAACAUCAUUUGCACCAAAGAAAACUGGAAAAUGGAAUGCAAUGCAUGUACGCAUAGCUUGGGAAAUUUAUCACCAUCAACAAAAACAACAAGCAGAAGCUAAGGCCGGAAACGUCGUGGGUACGAAAACGGAACUGCUCAGACCACCAGGCCAUCUUUAUCCAGGGGGGCCAGGAAGUGGUCUUGGAAUUGGAGCGCCUUCUAUGGCGCCUCCGUUCCCCAGUAAUAUGCCGCCUGCUCAUCCUGCGCCACCCCCACCUCAUCCUGUUGGUUAUCUGUCUACACCACCGUCACAUUUAGGAACAGGAAUGUCACCAUUUGGUAGAUAUCCAUCAACAUUUGGUGGGCCAAAUCCAAAUUUCCCUGGUCUUUCAAGUUUUCCACCGUCAAGGGAAAUGCCACUGGGUGGGCUAGGUCCUGUACACGAUCCUUGGAGAGGAUUGCAACGAGCCUCCGCCGGAUUCCCGCCAACCACGGUCUCAUGGAGCUUAAAACCGGAACCGCCUGCGAUCGACAGACGAGCUGAGCUCGAAGAACGAGAACGUGAGCGUGAACGGGAACGUGAGCGAGAACGAGAACGUGAACGCGAACGUGAACGCGAACGUGAGCGCGAACGUAUAAGACGUGAGAAGGAACGUGAACGUGAACGCGAGGAGCAACGCGAACGUGAGCGACGGGAACGUGAAAAAGAGGAGAAGAGAAAACAACAGGAGGCGGCCGAGAGGGAGAGGGAAAGGCGGGAUAAGGAACGUCGCGAGAUGGAAAGACGAGAAAUGGAACGAGAAAGAUUACUACAUCAAAAUCGCCAACAUGUGGUCGUAGGUCGAGAUAGAUCGCCUUUAAGAAAUGGUUCAGCACCCAUGGACGCCAACGAAGUUCGCGUAAAAGAAGAACCGCGAAGUAAAGACGAUGAAGUCGUAAUGCUUUCAAGGCCACCCGGUCCUGGAGCACCGUCUGGCACAGGGCCCGGUCCUAGUCCAAUGCCUGAUACGAGGUACCAUCAUCCUCAUCCACACUCAUACCUGGCGAGGCAUCCACACAGUAUGCCUGGACCACAUUCCAUGCCACGAGGCAUGAUCCCUGGUCUGGGUGGGCACCCAAUGCAACAUUUUCCACCACCGUCAGGACCCACUGGCCAACCUGGCGGUCCCUGGCCUGGAGAUCCCUUCAGGGAUUAUCGCUAUGACCCAUUGCAGCAAUUACGGUAUAAUCCACUAAUGGCUGCUGCUGCGUUCCGCGCAGAGGAAGAAGAAAGAGCUAAACUAUACGCCGGCUACGCUCCACCUCCUGUAAAUUCUCUACGAAGCAAAGAUCCUAGUCCUGGCCCACUGAGUAAUCUACACAUGCAUCAUAGAGCAGGUCCUGGACCAGGAGUACCAACACGACAACUAGAUCCUGGUUUGAUGCAUGCAGAUAUACACAAGAAGGAGGAUGCCUCCCAAUCCCGAUGAUAUAUCCUCCUCGCGUCCUCGACUUCUGCAAGUGAACGCGCCAAUGGAUCAGCAUUCUGAGCAUUUCCAUGAAAUCUCAGGAAUAUGGUGAUGUUAUUUUGCUAAUGGGGAAGAGGCGUUAUUUAAAAUAAAAUUGUACAUAGGUUAUAUAAUAUUUAUAGUUAUCGAUGAAAGUGAUCGAGGCGAACUGUAAUAUUGGUUGAGGUUAGGACGCUCGACGAAAAGUCUCGUACG